AAACCCAGCCAGCCCUGGGCUUCCUGAUACUGCAUUUUCUCUCUACAGUGUGGGGUUGUUGGGAGCCCUGUGACUUCACCCUUGGGUUCAGCGGGGCCUUUCACCGGCCAUCUCCCGCAGAGUACUUUUUCACCGUCAGUUUUCUCUGCAAGCAAAACGUGAAAAAUAAGAUCCACACCUCACAAGUUUGUGACCGGGAUCACAGGCGAAAACAGCUCUUCGGAAACUCUAAAGCGCUGGACAAGUAAGUGCUGCAACAGGCAACCACACGCGAGCCCCUUUCAGCUGCCAGUCCCGGGACUCGCUCCUGUCUCCUCCCCUCUCCAAGACCGUGGAGUAGGAAGGAGGAUUAACCCCUAGGGGAGGAGUUCCGUCCCCCGGCCCCCGCCCCGCCGCCGCCUCUCCUUUGCACCCACGCUCGCGCUCCCCGAGUCUCUCUCGCGCGCCGCAUCCGGGCUGCGCUCUCCUGGACAGGCUCGGCACGGCGGGCCGGCCGCCAGGAUGCAGGCCCCGCACAAGGAGCACCUGUACAAGUUGCUGGUGAUUGGCGACCUGGGCGUGGGGAAGACCAGCAUCAUCAAGCGCUACGUGCACCAGAACUUCUCUUCGCACUACCGGGCCACCAUCGGCGUGGACUUCGCGCUGAAGGUGCUCCACUGGGACCCGGAGACCGUGGUCCGCCUGCAGCUGUGGGAUAUCGCAGGUCAAGAAAGAUUUGGAAACAUGACAAGAGUCUAUUACCGAGAAGCUAUGGGUGCAUUUAUUGUCUUCGAUGUCACCAGGCCAGCCACAUUUGAAGCAGUGGCAAAGUGGAAAAAUGAUUUGGACUCUAAGUUAACUCUCCCUAAUGGCAAACCAGUUUCAGUGGUUUUGUUGGCCAACAAAUGUGACCAGGGGAAAGAUGUGCUCAUGAACAACGGCCUCAAGAUGGACCAGUUCUGCAAGGAGCAUGGUUUUGUAGGAUGGUUUGAAACAUCAGCAAAGGAAAAUAUAAACAUUGAUGAAGCCUCCAGAUGCCUGGUGAAACACAUACUUGCAAAUGAGUGUGACCUAAUGGAGUCUAUUGAGCCGGACGUCGUGAAGCCCCAUCUCACAUCAGCCAAGGUUGCCAGCUGCUCUGGCUGUGCCAAAUCCUAGUAGGCACCUUUUCUGGUGUCUGAUAGGAAUGACCUCAUCAUUCCAUGAAUUCUGCCUAUAACUUUUUGAGUAAACGUCAGGAUAGAGAAACCACAUGUGGCAAGCCAGAGAUCUAAGCCUCUACCUUUUCAAUGAGAGAGAAAUAGCAAAUGUUCUCUUUAUGCUUUCCUCAUCAUCAUCACAGUGUUUACAAGCUUUGAAAAGUAUUUAGCGUGUUACAAACUUCUGUCAUGUAGCUGACCAAAAUUCUGCAGGGCUGCAGUCAGCCCUGUUAUUUGCUUAUUUUAAUCAGCAAAGGCCUCAGGUCUUAAAAUGGAAGGGGAGAAGAGCAAACUAGCUGUCAAGUUAAGCAUCGGCUUUCACCUUUCCCUGGUGCCUUUGUCCAGUUUUCAAUAUAUUUUCUGAUGGUCUGACAGGCCUAUUAAAUAGAAGUGCUAUUUUCUCCCAAGAUGAUCUCCAUACUUGGCAGACCUAAGAGUUGCCUCUGAGUUAGCCCCUUGGAGUCAUGAACACAAGUGUGCUAUAUAUUCCUUGUCUUAACUCUCACUUGCCAUGGCCUGAAUGUUCGCUUAAUGAAAAUUGUAUGAAAACACAUGCCUUCUUAUGUGCCUUUCUGUUAGUUUUCUCUGACUCAGAUGUGGGACUCUUCUGUACAUGUAAUAUAUAUUAUAUAUAUAUUUCACAAGCGAACAAUAAAACAUUAAAAGUUGCUGUUUCCCUAUUUA